AUGGUAAGUUGAAAAUUUCCUUGAGAAAAAUUCACUGUUUUAAAACUUUUGUAAAACAUUUUAAAAAAAUAUUAUUUUUAUUAAUUAGAUUUUGAGUCAUAAAAUAUAAAAAAUUCACUGUUUCAUAAAUCUUGUAAAAUUUUUUUAAAACUCGUUUUUUAUUGAAUACCCGUUGCACUGCCUCCCCAAAUCUACGUGUGUGUGGAAAAACGAAAAAUGUCUGGCACGCUCUCACAAACACACACUCUCUCGCACACAACUUUUUACUUUUAUUUCGCGAAAACAGUGCAUAUUAGGAGCUGAUUUUUAUGUGUUUUUCAUCAGAACCACAAUAAGUGUUAUACAUAGUUCGAAAGAGAAUUUCUUCAGCUACAAACACAUAUGAAAUGUUAUGUAUGAAAACAAGAUAAAAAAAUAAAAAUUUCAUGCAAACAUGACAUGGUUUUUUGAAUUGUGUGAAAAACGCAUGUGUUUUUUGAUGACCUGGCUUAUUUUUGAAUAUCGAAUAUAUGUAUAAUCGAGUCGUAGUUUUGUUCAGAAUCUCAAGGGCUUUCAGAUGAUGUAAAUCAAUAUUUAUGAAAUUGUGAAAGCAUGGAGGAGUAGGGAUUUUUCGUUUGUCAAUUUUUUAAACGAAAUUUUGAUUUUCAUUUGAAAGGAACUCGAAUGAAGUUUACAUACGUUUUGUAGAGAAUUUCUCGGGCUUCAAAAUCAUAUAUAUUUCUAUACACAAAAAUGAAAAUUGAAAGCACCGCUUUCGGUUGAAAACUUGUUGGGUUUGCACCAAACAAACAAAGCGCGUUUAGUAGCGUUGCGAAAAACAGCGGUGAGUUUUCAACCGAAAGCGGUGCUUUCAAUUUUCAUUUUUGUGUAUAGAAAUAUAUAUGAUUUUGAAGCCCGAGAAAUUCUCUACAAAACGUAUGUAAACUUCAUUCGAGUUCCUUUCAAAUGAAAAUCAAAAUUUCGUUUAAAAAUUGACAAACGAAAAAUCCCUACUCCUCCAUGAUUUCACAAUUUCAUAAAUAUUGAUUUACAUCAUCUGAAAGCCCUUGAGAUUCUGCACAAAACUACGACUUGAUUAUACAUAUAUUCGAUAUUCAAAAAAUAAGCCAGGUCAUCAAAAAACACAUGCGUUUUUCACACAAUUCAAAAAACCAUGUCAUGUUUGCAUGAAAUUUUUAUUUUUUUAUCUUGUUUUCAUACAUAACAUUUCAUAUGUGUUUGUAGCUGAAGAAAUUCUCUUUCGAACUAUGUAUAACACUUAUUGUGGUUCUGAUGAAAAACACAUAAAAAUCAGCUCCUAAUAUGCACUGUUUUCGCGAAAUAAAAGUAAAAAGUUGUGUGCGAGAGAGUGUGUGUUUGUGAGAGCGUGCCAGACAUUUUUCGUUUUUCCACACACACGUAGAUUUGGGGAGGCAGUGCGUUGUCCUUAAUGUGGAAUUUUUCCGAAAAUAAAACAUUUUUCAAAUAAAAAUUCACUGUUUCAAAAAUUUUCUAUAAUUCGAAACUGAAUUUUGAACUUAUUUCUCGAAAAAUUUGUUUUACGAAAUUUUAAAUCGAAAAGUUUGAAAUUCAGAUUCGAAUUUUCAUUUUUUCCAAAGAAAAAAUUCACUGUUUCAUAAAUGUCAUACAUUUUUCAUCUGUUCUUAUGAAAUUGUUAAAUUGGAGCUCAAUUUUUUGCGAAAAGUUGGUUUGAAAUUCAGAAAUAUUCCAGAAAAACUCAAAUCCCCUUCUCCAAACCCGAAAUUUUCAGAGCUAUCUUCUCCAAACCUCCGAACUUCCACCUCCAACUCCAACCCAAACUCCAAUGCACGCCCUUUACGACAAACUUUUCACCAACUACGUCAAAGACAUUCGCCCUGUUCACAAUGAUUCUCACACUUUACGAGUCGAUAUCAAAUUUUGGCUCAAACAAAUUCUCAAAGUCGAUGAACGCGAUCAAAUUGUCAAAGUUUAUUGUUGGUUGGAACUUUAUUGGACCGAUGAAAUGCUAGUCUGGAAUCCUGCUGAAUUCAAUAAUCUUUCUCGAAUUCAUGUGCCAGCUGCGAAAAUUUGGAAGCCAGAUGUUCUAGUUUACAAUAAGUGAGUUAAAAAACAAAAAACAAAAAAAAAGUUGCCUGCUGCUGGAAUCGAACCAGCGUCGCCACGGCCACAACGUGGAGUACUAACCACUAUACUAAGCAGGCCGAGAGAAACCGCAUGAAAUGUUUGAGAUAAGAAACCGGAAAAAUGUGCGUUUUUUUAGUGCGAACAUGAAUGUCGAGGAAAAUGAGAUGGAAACGAAUGCGAUAAUUGAUUAUGAUGGACGAGUUAUGCUAUUUCGAUCGAUGAUUACGGAUAUUAGUUGUAAUUUGAAUUUACAGCAAUUUCCGUUUGAUCAACAGGUAAAUAAGGCGGGAAAUUGGGGGAUUUUUGAAAAACUAUUUUUUUCUGCUGCAAAAAAAAUUUGAAUUCAAAUUUUCAGCGCACAAAAGGGUUUAUCAAUGGGGCGCAUUUGCAAAAAUUGUUUUAUUCAAAAUUUUUCUCCAGAUUUGCUUUGUGACUUUCGCAUCCUGGAGUAUGGAUGGUUCAAAACUCGACCUGAAUCCAACACCAAAAACUGACAAUUUGGAAUUGUAUAUCAGGAAUACUGAAUGGAGUUUGACAGAUUUCCGGUAAGUUCUUAAGGUUCCUGAAGCCUUCUGGAAGCUUCUAAAACCUUCUGAAAGCUUUUGAUGCCUUCUGAAGCCUUCUGCAGCCUUCUGAAAGCUUCUGAAGCCUUCUGGAAGCUUCUGAAGCCUUCUGGGAGCAUCUGAAGCCUCCUGAAAGCUUCUGAAGCCUUCUGAAAGCUUCUGAAGCCAUCUGAAAGCUUCUGAAGCCUUCUGAAGCCUUCUGAAAGCUUCUGAAGCUUUCUGGAAGCUUCUGAAGCCUUCUGAAAGCUUCUGAAGCCUUCUGAAAGAUUCUAAAGCCAUCUGGAUGCUUCUGAAGCCAUCUGAAAGCUUCUGAAACCUUCUGAAGCCUUCUGAAGCCUUCUGGAAGCUUCUGAAGGCUUCUGAGGCCUUCUGGAAGCUUCUGAAAGCUUUUGAAGCCACCUGGAAGCUUCUAAAGCCAUCUGAAAGCUUCUGAAGCCAUCUGAAAGCUUCUGAAGCCAUCUGAAAGCUUCUGAAGCCUUCUGAAAGCUUCUGAAGCCAUCUAAAAGCUUGUGAAGCCUUCUGGAAGCUUGUGAAGCCUUCUGUAAGCUUCUGAAGCCUUCUGGAAGCUUCUGAAGCCUUCUGAAAGCUUCUGAAGUCUUCUGGAGCCUUCUGAAAGAUUCUGAAGCCAUCUGAAGCCUUCUGAAAGCUUCUAAACCCCCCAAAAACUCUCUGAAACCUCCCGAAGCCCCCCAAUUUUCCAGAGUAAAAAUCUACAAGAAGAAUUACGAAUGUUGCCCUGACCCAUUUCCAGAUGUCACAUAUUUUAUGGUUCUUCGAAGAUCACCCUCUUAUUAUAUAUUUAGUUUGGUCAUUCCAUCGGCUUUCAUUACCGUAGUCACAAUUGUCGGAUUUUUUACACCGCAUUCUACGACGGGAGAAAAUACGGAAAAAGUUUCGUUGGGAGUCACGGCGUUGCUUUCGAUGGCUAUUAUUAGUGAGUUUUUUGGGAAGGGAAAAGGGUACUGUAGUUUUGAUACUGUAGACCCUUGUAAAUUUUAAAAGUUGUUUUAUUCGGGAAAAAAAUUUGACACGAUUGAAAAUUCGAAAUUUUCAUGAAAAAAAAAUUUUCCAAAUUUUUUCACAGAGAAAAAAUUACGUUGAGAAUUUCUAGUGCAAAAUUUUAAAUUUCAAAAAAAGAUUUUUUGGAGAGGGAAAAGGUUACUGUAGUAUAUAGGAGUACUGUAGUAAAUUUUCAACAUUUCGGAAAAAAAUUUGACAUGACUGAAAAUCCAAAUUUUCGCCGCCAAAAAUUUUUUUUCAUACAAAAUUAUGUGUGGGUACUGUAACUUUAGAGUACUGUAGUCUAGGAGGUUUCAAAGUUUGGUACUGUAGAUGGGAUUACUGUACAAAUGUAAUUUCUAGGAAGAGUUUUGAGAAUUUUUUUUGGCAAAAAUGAAAAUCUGAAACUGAGUUUUUCAAAAAAAAAAAGUAUUCAAUGAGGUUUUUACUGUAGAUGAGGAUACCGUUACUUCAGAUUUUGGAGCCAAUUUUUGAAGUACUGUAGUUCUAAAUAAAUGGGAGUACUGUAGUUUUGGUACUGUAGAUCCUAGUAAAUUUUCAAAGUUGUCUUGUUUUGGAAAAAAAAUUUAACACGAUUGAAAAUUCCGAAUUUUCACAAAAAAAAUGUCCAAAUUUUUUUACAGAGAAAAAAAAUUACGUUGAGAACAUCUAGUGCAAAAUUUUUAAAUUCAAAAAAUUCUGGAAAAUUGAGAUUUUUGUGGAGGGAAAAGGGUACUGUAGUAGUAGGAGUACUGUAGUUUUGGUACUGAAGACCGUAGUAAAUUUUCAAAGUUGUAUUUUUUUCUGAAAAAAAUUGACAUGAUUGAAAAUCCGAAAUUUUCCAAAUUUUUUCACAGAGAAAAAAAUUACAUUGAGAAUUUCUAGUGCAAAAUUUUAAAUUUCAAAAAAUUCCUGAAUCCUAUUGUUUUUCAGUGAUGAUGGUAUCCGAUGAAGUUCCGGCAACUUCCGAAGUCAUUCCACUAAUCGGAAAAUAUUACAUCGGUCUAAUAUUCCUCAUUUUCAUGGCCGCAUUUACAACAACUCUAACACUUUCCUAUCAAAUGCGCGGGAAUUCUGGACAAGAAGUUGAUCCGAGAAUUCGAGAUUUUUUCUUUUAUCAAAUCGCUGCGAAUCCAUGCAUUUCGUGGGCUUUUUCAUUUCAAUUACCUAAAAAAUUGUUGAGAUGUGAUCAUCGGAAACAAGUGAGUUUUGGGGUCAGACUAUAGUGUAGUUGGGGGAUUCAGGAUUACUGUAACUAUAGGGCUGAUUCACAAACGAAAAUAAUGUUUUUUUAACAUUGAAUGAUCAAUUCACGAAAAGUCAAAAAAUGUCGAAAAAACAUUGUAGGUCAAAAUUAGUUUUCGAGUUUUUCAGCCAAAAAUGAUGACAAAUCAAUAUUUUUUAAGCUUCUGGAGUAAUUUCUGAUGAAAAUAAGCGGAAAAUCAGCAAAGCCUUCUGGAAAGUGAAUUCCAAGGUCAAUUUUAAUCAGAAAUAACUCCAGAAACUUGAAAAAUAUCGAUUUGUCAUCAUUUUUGGCUAAAAAACUUGAAAAACUUAUUUUGACCUACAAUGUUUUUUCCACAUUUUUUGGUAGAUCAAAAACUUAUUUUGAAAAUCAAAAAACUAGAGUUUUUUUCACAGUAUCCUGAAUUUUAGGCCCAAAAUUUGAUUUUUUCAGAUUACAAUACUGUAGAUCAAAAAUAAAAUACGACUGUAAAUGAACCAAAAAAAUAUAAUUCUCAAGGAGUACUGUAGUUCCAGAUUCUGGUGAAGAACCCUCCAUAGUUUAAAUUCCAGAGUUACAGUAACUUCUUUGGUAGAUCAAGAAAUUCUGAAAUCAAGAUUUGAACCAUAAAUUAACUUCCCAAAAAAAUGGUAGAUCAAAAAAUAAUUUUAAAAAUGUGAAAAUCAAUUUCACAGUAACCUAUCAGCCUAGUAUUCUAGAUUUUGGCCCAAAAUUUGACUUUUCAGAUUACAGUAGGCUUCGAGGCUGUAAAGUACUGUAGAUCAAAAAUAAAAUACGACUGUAAAUGAACCGAAAAAUAUAAUUCUCAAGGAGUACUGUAGUUCCGGAUUCUGGUGAAGAAUCCUCCAUAGUUGGAAUUCCAGAGUUACAGUAACUUCUUUGGAAGAUCAAGAAAUUCUGAAAUUAAGAUUUGAACCAUAAAUUAACUUCCCAAAAAUGGUAGAUCAAAAAAUAAUUUUAAAAAUGUGAAAACCAUUUUUUUUCCAGAAUUUUUUUCACAAUUAUUUGAUUUUUCCGAUUACAGUAGGCUUUCAGGCUGUAAAGUACUGUAGAUCAAAAAUAAAAUACGAUUGUAAAUGAACCAAAAAAAAUAUUAUUCUCAAGGAGUACUGUAGUUCCGGAAUCCUAGUUUGAAUUCAAGAGUUAGUAACGUUUUUGGUAGAUCAAGAAAUUCUGAAAUUUUUGAACUAUUUUUCCACCAAAUUCUCUUCCCACAACCCCAUUUCUCCCAGUUUCAGUCAUAUUUCUUCGUCAACGGCGGCGCCACUUCAAAUGGCUACUGUAAAGGCGAACCAUCUCCACACAUCGUCAAAAUGGAAGAAAUCGCUGGUGGAAGUGUGAAAUCAUUCGUGAUGUCAACUCAAAGCUCGCAAGAUUCGAAUCCAAAUCCAAUGACUGGAAGUUUGCUGAAGAUCAAGAUGGUUUUGGAUGAUUUGAAGGCUUCGAUUCAAGCUGGUGGGUUUUCUAGAAAAAUCUUAGUUAAUAGCUUCCCGGAAAUUUUUAGUGCAUUUUUUCGAUGAUUUCUGAACACUGAUGUUGAUUUUUGUGAAAGAAAAACGGAAAUAUUUUCAUUUUCUCAGGAAAUCCGGUCAUCAAUUCAUUGAGAGAAAAAAAUUGAGAAAUAUUUUAGCAGCGUUAUCGCGGAGCAUCGUAGUUCCUCAUUUUUUUCCAGAACGCGAGCUAAAACGUGUCAAAUUCGAAUGGCAACAAGUAACUCGCCUCAUCGAUCGAUGUAUAAUGUUCUUCUAUAUAACAAUCACAAUAAUCUUCGCAAUUGUGAUGUUGGCUUCCAGAGAUACUCCAAUUAUUCUGAAUGAUUCGAUAAUGGAUGAUGUGAAGAGCACAUAA